AUGGCCGACUCGCUUCACAACGCACCCAUCGUCCUUGACAACGGGUCGGGAACAAUAAGAGCCGGCUUCGCCGGCGAGGACGUGCCUAAGUGUGUCUUUCCCUCAUGGGUCGGCCGACCAAAGCACCUACGCGUGCUGGCUGGCGCUCUGGAGGGCGAGGUCUUUAUCGGCCAGAAGGCUGCUACGGAACUACGCGGCUUGCUUAAGAUUAACUAUCCUCUCGAGCAUGGCAUCGUGACGGAUUGGGAUGACAUGGAACGCAUCUGGAGUUAUGUUUACGAUGAAGGGCUGAAGACGCUGAGCGAAGAGCAUCCUGUGCUCCUUACCGAACCCCCUCUUAACCCGCGCUCCAACCGCGACACGGCCGCGCAGAUCCUCUUUGAGACCUUCAACGUGCCCGCACUCUAUUGCUCCAUCCAGGCAGUGCUCUCUCUUUAUGCGAGCGGGCGGACGACAGGUGUAGUGCUGGAUAGCGGCGACGGCGUGUCACACGCAGUGCCCGUUUACCAGGGCUUCACGGUGCCUAACAGCAUCCGGCGCAUCGACGUUGGUGGCCGCGAUGUGACCGAGUAUUUACAAACACUGCUGCGCAAGAGCGGUUACGUCUUCCACACCAGCGCUGAAAAGGAGGUCGUGCGCCUUAUCAAAGAGUCCGUUUGCUACGUGGCCAAGGACCCGCGCAAGGAAGAGAAGGAGUGGGCGGCUGCCAAGUUAGAUCAGGGGAAGAUCGGCGCCGAGCGCUUCCGCGCCCCGGAGAUCCUCUUCGAUCCGGAGAUCAUCGGUCUCGAGUACCCAGGUGUGCACCAGAUUGUGGUCGAUUCGAUCAAUCGCACCGACCUGGACCUGCGCAAGGAUCUAUACUCCAACAUUGUGCUGUCGGGUGGCAGCACCCUGACCAAGGGCUUCGGUGACCGUCUGCUGAGCGAAGUGCAGCGUGUGGCCGUCAAGGACAUGAGGAUAAAGAUUUUUGCGCCGCCCGAGCGCAAGUAUUCGACCUGGAUCGGCGGUAGCAUUCUGGCUGGUUUAAGCACAUUCAGAAAGAUGUGGGUCAGCAUCGACGACUGGCAUGAGAACCCGGAUAUUAUUCAUACCAAGUUCACCUAA